AUGAAGCUUGAGGAUGCCUUCAGGAAGCGCGCUCGCUUAAGUGGUGUCGUCGGUGGGUCCUCGACCGGCGGCCCGGACCGGCUGAGCUCUCUGCCGGACUGCCUCCUCCAUACCAUCAUGUCCUUCCUGCAAGCCCGGCAGGCGGUCCAGACAUGCAUGCUGUCCACACGGUGGAGGCACCUCUGGCGCUCGGUGCCGUGCCUCGACAUCGAUUUUGAUGAGUUCAAGACAGUGCCUGUUUCUGACAACAACUCAGGCUCGGGUGCCGACCACAACUAUGGCUCCGGUGGCGACAACAACUCUGGCUCCGGUGGUGAGGACAUCUCUGAUUCUGACGGCGACGACAACUCCGAUUCCAGUGAUGACGACAGCUCUAGCUCUGACAGUGAUACCUCUGAUUCCGACAGUGACUGA